AAAGUUUAAAACUUAUCGUUAAUGUUAUAGUUAUACAUGAUCUGUGUUAUUUGUAUUUACAGUGUUAUAUUAAUUUAUUAUUUUAUCUAAAAUUUAUUAUAUAUCCAUAAUAACCAUACAAAUUAAUUGGUUCUUCUAAAAUAACGACUUGCAUCAUAUAAUAAUUUAUACAAUUUGAAAGAAAAAAUUGAAAAAAAUGGGUGGAAUUUGUUUUCAGUAGAGUUAAGGGCAGAAACAUGGAAAAGAAUAAUGAAUUUUUAUUUUUUGACCAACAUGAUUAUGUUCCUUACAAUUUUGAUACCAAUACUCGUGGUUUGCCGAUAAGUAAAGAUGUGGAUUUGCCUUCGAACUUAUUGGAAACUUCCAACAACUUUUCACAGAAUGAAUGCAAUUUACCAGUGAUAAUUCAAGAUUUGGAUUUGUCAUUGAGUCUACUGGAAAAAGAUGAUAACAAAGUUAAUAAAAAUAAACUACAUGGAGAAAAUAGUUCUUUAUUUAAUAUAAAAUACAUUAUUGAAGAUGAAAAAUCUGUAAAAUUAUGGGAGUGUGGAUUUUGUAAAAAAAUGUUUCAUUAUCAAUAUAUGUUAAUGAGACAUUUGCCAACACACACCAAUGAAAGGAAGUUCCAAUGCCUUACCUGUGGUAAAGGCAACUUACAAGCUCAUAUUUAUACUCAUACCAAUGAAAUACGAUACAAAUGUGAUGUAUGUGGGAAAGGGUUUAUCCAAAUGUCAAAUUUGAUGCGUCACAGAGUUAAGAUUCAUCAAAGAACCGAUAAAUUCAAUUCUGUAUCUCAAGCUUGCGAUGAAUUGUUUCCAAAAAUGGAUAUUUUGAAGCACCGCGAAGAAUAUGGCUACAAGUUGUUUACUCCAUCGCUAUCUCAUUCACCAGAUGAGCAGCUGAUGGACAAAACGGACCAUAACGACGGUAUUGUUAUUGAACCAAUCGAAACUGUAGCAAUGCGGCGUGCCAUUGAAUCUAACCGAAUUCCAUAUGCUCUUCUCCAUCCCGCUAAAGGAGAACCUGUAUUAGUGAAAAUUUUACCUGCCGGCGAUAAACAAAUCUUAGUUCCUGUUAUGGCCGACAAUUUGAAGAAACACAGUCAUAUAUCGGUUACAUCUCAAGUUGGAGAAGAUGGUAAACUAGUCGGUGAAACAGUAAAAAUGAGGAUACCUAUAGUAGCGAUUUUAAAACAGCAGAGUAACUCCGAAGAUCCAAUUACAAUCUCAAUUGCCGAUAAUGAACCGCACAGAGAACUUUCCGAUGAAACUAGAGCCACCGACUUUGAAUCAACUUCCUCAGGACCAACAAUUGAUGAUGUAUUUAAUGAAAACGAAGAUUUCUUCCCUGAAGGAAACUAUAUGAUUACAAAACCGACGGAAUUUCUAAAUUGAAAAUUUCGUAACUUUUUAUGAUCUAGAACAGGGAUGGGGAAACUUUUUUCUUCGCGUGCCAAUUUUUGCUAAGGAAAUAUAUGGCGGAUCAAGUUGAGGCUUUACAUUAUUUACUAAAAUAAAAAUAAGGCCAUAAUUUUUCUGCAAUACUAAUUUAUUGUGCAAUAUUAGAAAAUAACAUUUUUAAUAGCAUUUAAUUAAUUGAACUUUAAUUAGCUGCGAAGUAGAAGGUUGGUUUUUUUGGGAACAUGUGACAUGUGGAACUGUUUUUGUUUCUGCAUGACUUCAUCAUAAUCCGGCUCCAUUUGUGAUGCUGAAAUUUUUAACAAUGAAAGAAGGAGGUCAUCUGAAAAGCUAUUACGAAGACAAUUUUUUCAUUAUUGAAAACGUUUGUUCGCACAAAUAGCUUGUACCAAACGUAGCCAUUAUUUUCUUAGCGUGGGAAACUAUAUUUGGGUAUUGUGUCCUAGAUAAGGACUUAUAAAAUUCCAAUUUACUGGUGUUCAAAAAUAGUUGCUUCAAAUGGGUAGUGCGUUCGACGACAGUCGGACUUACGGGUUUUAUGCUCGACGUGUAAUGCGUUUACUGCCAAUUCAUGAGAAUGUAAUUUCUGAUAAAAAAAAUUGUACUUAAUUUUUGUUUGCUGGUCGCGGGCUAGAUUUCAACGCUUUGCGUAGUUUCCCCAUCCCUGAUCUAGAAGAAUACAAUUUUAGUGUUUUUAUAUUCAAUAGUUUUAACUCUAACAAUAUAUACCUUGAAUUAUUUGACCUUAUGUUUAAAAUGUACUUUUAAAUAUAGUAACAACAAGAAAAUUUUGUUCAGCUUCGCUUGAGAAUUGAAUGUUUUUUUUAUGUUUUAAAUAUCACUUUUUGAUACAGUACCAAUGUAAUCAUUUAUAUUUAUAGGAAAAAGUCGAUUAUAAAAUAUCUAAUAUUAAAUUUGCUUUAACACUAGAUAUGGAUGCUCCCACAU